UUGUUUACUCUUACACUGAAAAACAUACUGCUUGUUAAGAGUUUCUUACAGUGUAAUUAAAAAUUAAAUUUCUGUAUUUGAAAAUAUAUGUAUAUGCCACGAAAUCAAUUUUGUAUACAUAUAGAUGAUUGUAUGGGUAAUAAUAAUUAAAUUUAUCAAUACAAGUGUUAUUGAACAUUGACUAUUGUGAAAUUACAAGAACAAAGUGCAUAAUCAUACUUGCUAUAACCUAUAUUUAAUAAUAAAUUUACAUCAUGAAAAAGAACAUCUUAAAUAUAGUUAAAAAAUCCUUUUCAACAAAUACAUCUAUAAAAUCUAAGGUGUGUGUUGUUGGUGCUGGCCCAGCAGGUUUCUAUGCAGCUCAGGUGCUGUCCAGAAAGUUACCAGAGGCACAGAUUGAUAUCUAUGAAAGGCUUCCAGUGCCUUUUGGUUUAGUAAGAUUUGGAGUGGCACCUGAUCAUCCGGAAGUGAAAAAUGUUGUGCACACCUUUACAAAGACUGCUGAGCAGCAGAAUGUUAGAUUCUUGGGUAAUGUUGAUGUUGGGAAAGAUAUUGAUCUGAAGGAUUUGAAAGAAGCAUACCAUUCUGUAUUAUUGGCUUAUGGAGCUGAUGAGAGCAAAUAUUUGAAUAUACCUGGAGAAAAAUUGAAAAACGUCUUGUCUGCAAGAAACUUGGUUGGCUGGUACAAUGGUACACCAUGGGAUAAAGAUCUGCCAGUGGAUUUGAGUAAUCCAAAUGUGGCUAUCUUUGGUCAAGGAAAUGUCGCCAUAGACAUUGCUAGGAUUCUAUUGACACCAAUUGAUAUUCUUAAGAAAACUGAUAUUACUGAGGUAGCUUUAAACCACCUUGCCUCAUCAAAGGUGAAGACUGUUUAUCUGGUUGGAAGGAGGGGUCCAUUGCAAGCAGCUUUCACUAUUAAAGAGCUCAGAGAGAUGACGAAACUUGAGAACUGCAAGUCAGUUUGGAACGAAAACGAUUUCGUCGGUGUUGAGGAAAUAAUUCCAGAGUUGCAGAGGCCCAGGAAACGUUUAACUGAACUAAUGUUGAAAUCUAUGAGAGAGAACAAGGCGGGAGAAAAAGCAUUUAUACCCAAAUUCUUUAGGUCUCCAUUGGAAUUCCAAGGUGCAGAAGCUGUUGAAAAAGUGAAAUUGGGUGUUAAUAAGAUGGAAGGUUCCGAUUUCAGAACACAAAGAGCGUCGUUGACUGAUGAGGUCGAGUACUUGGAUUGUGGUAUGGCUGUAACCAGUAUAGGUUACAAAUCUGUUUCUAUUGACGCUGCUAUUCCGUUCGAUGACAAAAAGGGUACUGUUGAGCAGAAGAAUUUUAAGGUGUCCGAUGGUCUUUACGCUUGUGGCUGGUUGGCUACUGGACCUACCGGUGUCAUUUUGACCACGAUGAACAACGCUUUUAAUGCUGCUGGUUUGAUGAUUGAAGAAGUCAAUGAUUUGUUAACUAUUCCUAAGCCAGGCUUCGAAAGUAUAGGUACUAAAUUGAAGGAGAAUAACGUUCAAGUGGUGGAAUGGAAAGAUUGGCUGAAGAUAGACCAGUACGAGGAAGAAAAUGGAAAAUCGUUGGGGAAACCAAGGGAGAAAAUCGUGGAUGUACAGAAAAUGUUGGAAAUCGCUCAUUGAUCCUUAUUAUUUAUAGGGAACUUUCCAUGUAUAUUAUUUGUUUUAAUCGUUGGGGAAACCAAGGGAAGAAAAUUGUGCACGUACAAAAAAUGUUGGAAAUCGCUCAUUGAUCUUUAUUACUUAUAGGGAACUUUCCAUGUAUAUUAUUUGUUUUAAUGAUUGUUAAUUGCAAUUUGAUUAUGAUUUUAUACAAUAAAAAGGGCUGUAAGACUUUUGUCAUUAAGAAAUACUGAUUGGAUUUCGAACUCACAAAUCCAAGGCUAUUCAAAUAUGUACUUCUCAUCAUUGUUGUUGUUAAUGGAAAUAAAUUUUACUUAA